GGUCGGCUCCAAAAUGCGGAGAUCGGAUUAGAAGCAAAACAUCCCUUGCUUCUGCCAAAAUCGGGACAUUUCGUAAAACUUUUAAUUUUGGAUUUGCAUUUGAAAAAUUGUCAUGCGGGACCAAAUGCUCUUACGGCUAUAUUACAACGGAAUUUUUGGGUACUUUCAGCUAGGAGAGCUGUCAGGAAUGUCACUUUUAAGUGCAUUCAAUGUUACAAAUUGAAAGGCCUGACGACUCAGCCAUUGAUGGGUAAUUUGCCUCGUGAUCGCGUUACUUCGGCUAGACCUUUUCAAGGUAUCGGUACGGAUUUUGCUGGACCUUUCCAGGUCAAAACACAUAAGUUACGGAAUCCGAAAAUCACCAAAGCAUACUUAUGCGUGUUCGUGUGUCUGGCCACAAAAUCGGUUCACCUGGAGUUGGUUUCGGAACUAUCUACUGAGGCUUUUAUUGCCGCCUUGUCUCGGCUUGUGUCAAGGCGCGGCUUGCCCUCCCUUAUUCGGUCGGACUGUGGCACUAAUUAUAAGGGUGCUGAUAAUUAUUUAAGGGAAGUUUAUCGUUUUUUGGAACAAAAUCAAAAUUAUAUCGGUCAUAAUAUGUCCAAGCGCGGUAUUACUUGGAUUUUUGAUCCUCCAGCUUGUCCAUCAUGGGGUGGUUUGUUUGAGGCUGCGGUUAAAUCGGCGAAAACUCAUUUAAAACGGUGCAUAGGGGAAACAAAAUUAACUUUUGAGGAACUUAGCACGGUUUUCUGCAAAAUUGAGGCCGUACUGAACUCUAGACCUUUGUGUCCCAUCUCCUCAAGCCCUCAUGAUCUGGAGGUAUUGACCCCUGGUCAUUUUCUUAUCGGUCAUCCGCUGGAUGCUCUACCGGAGUAUCCGUUGCAAGAUGUGAAGAUGAAUAGAUUAAGUCGGUUUCAGCUGUUACAGCAAAUUUCACAAAGUUUUUGGCAUCGGUGGCACUUAGAAUAUCUUCACACUUUGCAACAGCGGGUCAAAUGGACGGACUCCACCUCUCCUCCUAAGGAAGGUGAUUUAGUUCUGCUGAAAGAGGAUAACGUCCCUCCUCUUCAGUGGAAUCGCGGUCGGAUAAUUAAACUCUACCCAGGAUCGGAUGGUGUGGUCAGAUUAGCGGAUAUUCGGGUUGCAAAUGGAGCAACGCUCAAGCGGGCAAUAGGUAGGCUAUCUAGACUGCCUUAAGACUAAUUACAAAAAAAAAUCGGUUGUACGUAUAUAUUUGUAUACUUAUUUAUUUUUAAGCAGCGGUUACUGCUUAGGCGGGAGAAUGUUCGGUACCGACGAACACUUUAAUAAUUGUAUGUGGGUAGGUUCUUAUAUUUGUAUGUGGGUAGGUUCUUUUAUUUUUGACAGUCUACUCAGUCGUUGGCAGCCUCUCGUCGGGUUAUCUGCUCUUGUAAUUUCGGCGCGGUCGCGAUCUUGGAAUAUUUGUAUUUUCGGUUAAAUAUUACCAGCUACUAUUAGGCAUUAUUU